AUGAAGAAAGCAAGGAAUGGUAUAAAGUGUUGCAGAUGUAAACAAUUUGGCCAUAAUAAGUCAACAUGUAAGUUACCUCCACCACCACCCCCACCACCUACUGAAAAUCAAUCUGAGUCACAAUCUCAGACAAUUAGUGUCAACCAACCUACUCCCACCACCACCACCACCACCACCACUUCCACUCAACCACCAGUUACACAAUCAAUUGCUACUCAGACAUCCACCAUAGGUUCACAUCCCUCAAAUAGAACCACCAACACUCAAGGUGCUGCUCAGACACAAGGUGUUGCCACACAUGCUGCUGCCAAGGCACAAUCUGCUGCCAACAAACAAGGUGUUGCUAAGACAUCAGCUACUGCAAAAACAGGUGCUGCCAAGACACAAGGUGCUGCUAAGACACCAGCUGCUGCAAAGACACUAGGUGCUACCAAGAGAUAA